CACUGUUAUGUCAUGAUCUGAUAUUGACAAUUGUUUGUUGUUGAAAUAAAAAAACUUCUUUUUAUUAAAUUGAUCUUGUUUCUCUAUUUACGAGUAUCGGAAGCAAACGACGAACGAACAUCAUUGUAGUUUCAUUAUAAUCUUCCAAUUUAUAUACAUCACCUGAAAACAAUCUAUGUUAUUGUCAAAGGAUCAGAAAUUUUUUACGUUGAAGCUGUCGAUUGAUUUAACUGGAUAAACAAAACAUAUAGUAAUAUUUUGGACAGUUAUAACUUUUCAGUAAUUAAUAACUAUACUAAAAUUUACAAUGAAUGAAGAUGAAAUAUCAAUUUUGUGUACCAGUAAUAAUACUGAUGAAAUAAUCCAAAUUUUACAGCAGUUUUUGAAAAGUAAUGAAAAUGUUUUUACGUUUCCAUUAUUGUGUGAGAAUAACAGACGUGUGCUGUUAUGGACAGCUUUAUUCCAACAUCUUCAAAAUGACGCCUCGGCGACUGUCCAUGCACUAUGCCUCGCCACUAUAAGGAUUCUGAGUCGAGAUAAAGCAGAACUAGAAACUUUACUAUGUGAGAAGUGGAUUGCAGUUCUAAUAGAAAGGGCUGGCUUCUAUAAUGUUAUGUCACCAGGACUGGAAUCUGUAGUACCUAUAGAUUUAGCUCAAAAGGAGGUUACAGUUGAAGCCUUAAAGUGUCUUUGCAAUCUGGCUUUCAACAGUGAGGUAGCUCGGGCUUUGUGUGCUCAUACAAAUAUUGCCCAAGUUUUGGUUGCUAGAUUACGUAUUUAUAGGGACAUACCAUUCAAAGAUGAUAUCAUGUUAUUUGAUAUGAAGUUACUUUUUAUAUUAACAGCCUUGAGACAUGAUAUUAAAACAAAAAUUAAAGAUGAAUUACAUGGCAUGGAUUAUUUAAUAAGUUGCUUGAAUGAAAUCAUAUUAGAGGCUUCACCGAAUUUACAGGAAUUAAAAGCUACAGCUGGUAGUGACAUGGAAAGAACACAUUGCAUAUUACAAGAUCACCAGCAGUCUAUUAUUUGUGAGAUACUGAAGGCUCAAUUCAAUUUGAUCAUUCAUUCAGGUUCAGAGGAGCCAACUAAUGAAAUUGAAGAAGUCAUGUUCUUAAAGUUGAUGCCUGUCCUUACUACAUUAUUGCAAGUCGAGACUUCUAAUGAGAAUAAACUAGUGGAGUUAAAAAGUAACAUUGCUAACUUGCUCACAAGUGUACCUCUGGUGUUCUAUCCCCAUCUUACUCCACAAUUAAAUACUGGUGAAGUGUGCCAAUAUAAUUAUGAGGGAAGGAAUAUGGAUGCUUUACAGUCUCUCAUACAUCUGUUACAAAAUAAAUUGUCAAACACAACGAAUACUAAAAAUCAGUAUGAGACCUUGUCUCCUAUAUUGACGGUAAUGGUAAAGAGUGCGCGUAGUUGUCGAGCGCAGCGCAAGUACUUGCGACAGGUGGUACUGCCACCGCUGCGCGACGUCUCGCGUCCUCCAGAAAAAGGGAGCACGCUCCGCAAUCAGUUAUGCAGGCUUCUUACUACUCCCGUCACCUCAGUUCGAGACUUAGUGGCCGAAUUUUUAUUUGUCCUGUGCAAGGAGAAAGUGGGACGCAUGGUCAAAUACACUGGAUUCGGUAAUGCGGCGGGUCAUCUCGCCCAAAAGGGGUUGCUGAGUGGAGGGCGCGGGGCGCAGUACUCUUCGAGUAGCGACGACUCCGACACUGAGGAAUAUUUGGAGGCGCAGCCUCACAUCGAUCCUGUUGUGGGCUGCACAAGGCCUCCGCGCAUAGAUCCAUUUGAAGGAAUGUCAGAUGAGCAGAAAGAAUAUGAGGCUAUGAAACUAGUAAAUCUGUUUGAUAAAAUGGUCUCCGACGGUGUAAUGAAGCCAGCACGAAUUGGUCCGGACGGGCGACCACAGGCUGUCGAUCAUGUACUAGAGCUCAGGGAGCAGCCACCAAAUAGACCACAAUCAUAAAUUGACGCCAAUUUUUGCUUAAAAUUAAGGAUAAUUUACCAGGAAUAAAAUAUUCUGAUUUACAAUCGAAAUAAUUAAAAUAGAUUCAGUAUAAUAUUACUUAAACAUUACAAUUUUCUUAAAUUCGUACUUCUUUACCCGAGGAAAAGUCUAUCCUGUGCAUUACUUUUAUAUCAUUAUAUAUUAAAUUGUAGUUUUACGAUAUUAUUAUCUGUCAUAUUCAUGUGAUUUUAAUUCAUUAUUUUCUUUUUAUUAAGUCUAUUAUAUUUAUACAAUAGAAUAUUACGGUUAUUGCUUUUUUAUUAAAUUAAUUGUAGUAUUAAUAAAACUUUUGGAGAGCAUUUGAAUAGAAUGGAGGUGGGUCAAGUAGAAGAAGCAUUUGGCGAUACUUUGUAAGACUAAGUCUUACAAAAAACAUAAUUCUAUGCCUUGUUGAUGUAAUGCAUUUUUUGCUUGAUCUUUAAUAAACCAAUUUUUUCGUUUCGUUUCGACUCGCUAACUUGAAUAUACGUUGUAUUUAUCUAUUUGUUUAUUUAUAGAAUCAUGAAGAGUAUUAUGGAAGAUACAGUAUAUUUUGUUAUGUCCAUGGCACUUUUUGAAAAAAAAAAUAAUAUUUAGGUAUAGCGAACCUAAAUAUUAUAUUUUUGUACAUACGAGUACAUAGGUUUAAAAAUAUUUCUAUUCUAGAUCUAUUAGGUGUGUCGACCUCUUUCAAUUUAUAUAGUAGCAGUAGUUUUGCCAAUAGUUUCGCCCAGGGGCUUUCAAUGUUUAAAUUCAGUGAUGGUGAUUAGUGGUAUUUUACAAUUAAAAUUAUAAAAUAAGAUCUUCGAAAUUAAUACUUAUCUCGCGUAUGUUUCAUUAUAUAUAAAUAAAUGUUAUAACAUCAAAUGUAUUGUGUGCCAAUUUUCUUUUUUCAAAAAUAUCAAUACGUUUAAUUUUUUAAUAAAAAAUGUGAUAAUAUAUAAUUUGAUAAGUAUUUUAAUUAUUCAAAUAAUUAACGCUUAAGUCAUAAUAUUUAUAUGUUAAUAAUCAAGCUCUACAUUAGAUUGUAUAAGUAUGUAUUUAAAUACAAAAUAUACGUAGUAUGUAGUACAUGUGAAAUGAAUCUAUACAUUUUUAAAUAUUAAUGACCUUCUAUAGCAGAUGCAGCGACAAAUGGAGGUGUUAUAUUUUUACAAUAUGUAACAACGGAGCGUUGUUGAAGAAGGUGGUGGUUCAGAAAACGUUGAACACCUUAUUCAUAAAAACGUCAAAUCUCUCAUAAACCUAUUUUAGCUAUUGAAUUGUUUUGUCUCUUUCUUUUUUGCUAAAUUCUCAGUUUGCAAGUGUUAAAACGAGUUUGUAGGAGGUAAGAAUUUAAAAUAUAGCUUAAUGACUAUGAAUUUUAAUAAUUGGGCUGUCUUAAAAUAGAAGAGACUUAUUAAUUUAAUAGUUUACUAUCUAAUAGUUUAAUUUAAUAGUUUCCGUGAUCACGUCUUAUUUACUUGUGAAAUGAUUAUUUUGAAAUGUGUAGAUCUUUUUAUAUAAAUAAGGUAGAUAUUAUUAACCGCCCACUAAGUCAUAAAAUUAUUCAAUGCUUUUAUUAAAAUAUAUUGUAUUAUAAUGUGAAAAUAUUAAAUUGUUAUUUUCAUGUUAUAAAAUACAUCUUCGAAAAUGAUACAGAAUACAUAAUUGGAAGCGUGCCAUAUUUUACACAUGUGAAGUGGUGUGAUUAGCCGCACGUCUUAUUUGUUUCUUUAAUGUUUUGUUAUUAAAUAAAUUAUUGUGCAAUAUUGAUCACUAGCAUAAUACGCAAUUCUUAUUUUUUCACCACGGCAUUUUUAUUACAUCCCAAACUAUGGCAAUCGUUAAAUUUUUAUUUUUUUCUUUAUUUCAAAUUAAACAUUGUAAGUAUUGUGAAAAUAUCGUUAUUUAUUAUAUAUAUUGAAAUAGAAGAGGUGUGAUAAUCCGAAAUAAAAGGAUACAGAAAGAAAAACUAAUAAAUACGAGUAAUAAAGUAAUUUUUGAUCAUUAUGUUAUAUAAUAUCGUUCUGUUAACGUCGUUUGGUUUUUAUAUAAAGAAUGCUUUAAGCGAUAUUAAAAGAUUCUUAAUUUUUUUGUAUUUUCUUGAUCUGCCUCUUCGGAGUAUACACCAAAGUUGUCUCAAUAUGUGCAAGUUAAGCACGCUUACAAAGAAAACACAUCUUUGUUUUACAAACAUGUGCACCUACUCUAUUACCUGUCACAAUUUGGUAAUUUCACUUUCUAUUUACGCAUUACAGAUUAUUGAAAUACAUAUUUGUCCUACUUUUGUAGUUUAAGUACUUUAGUAGUUUGUAAUUAUUAAUUUAUUGUACUAUAAUCAAUGAUUUUCUAUAAUAAAAAUUACAAAAGGUUC